AUGGUUGGGACACGCCACAGACCAGAGACUAGCGGUGUGAGUGACGAGGAGCUUCGUCAGAUGAUCCACGAGGAGGUGGCUGCGGCUAUCCACGUAGAGAUUCCAAAGAUGUUUGGGUCUAUUAAGACCACGUUGAUUGAGACCUUUGAUGAGAGAUACGCAGCGGUUACUGAGGCUGCAGCCGCUGCAGCUACCGCAGCUGUUGUUGCAGCUAGACCUCAGGGUGGUGAUUCGUUGCUGUUCUGGGAGUUCAGCAACACGAAGCCACCAGAGUUUGAUGGGACACAGGCUCCGAUUGCAGUGAUGAGAUGGGUUUCUGACAUUGAGGGAUGCUUCUAUACAUGUUCAUAUCAGGAGCAUCUGAGAGUUCGGUUCGCGCUGAACCAGCUUCGCUUGGGAGCGAAGGACUGGUGGAAGUUUGUUACAGCGCACUAUUCUUCUGCAGAUCUUGCCGCGAUGACCUGGGAGAGGUUCACCGCUAUGUUUCGUGAUGAGUACGUUCCCUCGGUGGAAAGGGAACGUUUGGCCCAGGAGUUCUUGACCCUCAAGCAGGGUACCGAGUCUGUUACUGUGAUCACCAGGAUGUUCCAUGAGAGCGCGAUGUUCUGCCCUGAGCACGUGUCUUCCGAGCAGACACGCAUGAGUCGGUAUUUGAGAAUUUUGAGGAGAGACAUCCGCGAGUUCAUGGCGAAAUCCUCGUACCGGACAUUUGCCGAGCUUCAGGCAAAUGCUCGGAAGAGGGAGAUAGAGCUUGAGACUCAGGCUAGGGAGGAGGCGGAGUCUCAGGCGAGGGAUCGCCGACCGGCUCUGUCCCAGCCGGCAGCUAAGCGGGCCAAGCCCGCCGUUUCGAGAUCAGGGAACCAGAAGGGCCGCACUUGUGGCAAGUGCGGGAAGGGUCAUGAGGGGAUUUGUAGAGCGGGGUCUUGCUACAAGUGUGGCAAGGAGGGGCACAUGGCCAAGGAUUGCCCCAAGGGGUUUGCAGUCUGUUUUCACUGCAACCAGACCGGACACCGGAAGGCCGAGUGUUCGCAACUGCGGGGGUCAACACAGGGAGCAUCACAGGGAUCUGCCCCUGCUACAGUACGAGCUACCGAGACUCGGCCGGUGGAGGCCGAGGCACCAAAGGCACGAGGAAGAGCCUUCCAGUUGACAGCGGAGGAGGUCCGCGCAGUGCCCGAUGUCGUGGCUGGUAUGUAUUCUUUCAUUCGAUCUUUUGUAUCAUUAGCCUUCAGUCAGCACAUCAGUAUCAGUCGGGAGGCGUUGAGUCGGCCUCUACGAGUUUCCAUAGCUGACGAGAGAUCGGUAUAUGCCACUGAUGUGAUUCGAGGAUGUGUACUCGAGAUCUUUGGCGUUGAGUUUCCGAUUUAUUUGGUCCCGAUUGCGAUGGGAGAUGUCUGUGUCAUCGUGCGCAUGGACUGGUUGAGCAGGUUUGGAGCGGUUAUCGACUGCGAGCGACAUCUGGUGACCAUACGAGACCCCAGUGGGGGAGUUCUUACGAUUGAUGGUGAGGGUACCCGUUCUGGGUCAGCAUUUUGUUCGGCCGCUAGAGCGAGGCAGAGCCUACAGCAGGGCUGUAGUGGGUUUGUGUCUUAUGUGGUGGAUGCGAGGGUAGAUGCAGAGAGGCCCAGAUCGGUCGAUGAGGUUCCGAUAGUGCGUGAGUUCCCCGACGUUUUCCCCGAGGAGUUGCCGGGAGUGCCUCCCGAGAGGCAGGUAGAGUUCCGUAUCGAUUUGGUUCCAGGGGCAGCGCCUAUCGCCAAGGCGCCCUAUCGCCUUGCGCCACCAGAGAUGUAG